CUAUGUCCGUAAGACUAAGCGGAAACCGGAACAUGACUGGGUGUAUUGUGUGUAUAUGGAUUCAGGACGCUGAGUUGUUUACAUCCAUUGUAUAACCUUCAUUUGAUACAUCAACAUCCUUAACUAGGACGACGAUAGAAGUCAUCGUAUCAAAGGGGAAAGGAUCCAUUUAUCAACGAUGACGAUGAAUACUAUCAUCGUGUGUUUCAUCGCCGUUCUCCUCAUCAACCGAGGGUAUGGUUUACGGUGCUAUAAAUGUGACAACUUGAAUCAUCGAAAGAUAUGUGGUCGGCAUGCUCAACUUACUGUUCAAAACGUAGAUAAUAUCGUAAGUUGUAAUGGCACGUGCAAAAUUGCAGCAAAAAGGGAACGAAUAGGUGAUAAGGUGUUCGAUGUGUAUAUGCGAGACUGUGACCAUAAUUGGAAAUAUGAGGCUUGUAAUCAGACUGAAAAUGCUAAAGUUUGUCAUUGUAAAGAUCGUGACUUUUGCAAUUAUCAUCUGGAGGAUAUUCCAUUCGAAGAUGCCAAGAGUUCCGAAAUUAGAUCCCCAGAGAAUGCGACAGGCAGACUUUUUAGAUCCCAACAAACGGUUAUAAUGAACACUCUUUCUGGAUUUGUUGUUUAUUUAUCAUAUAUCCUUAUGUGAGGUGGUAACGGCGAUGUGAUUCACCGUGUGCUUAUCUCGAUAAAGACAAAAAAACUUACUGGAAUAUUCACCAUGUGCUUAUCUCGAUAAAGACAAGAACACUUACUGGAAUAUUCACCGUGUGCUUACCUCGAUAAAGACAAGAACACUUGUUAAGAUAUUUACCGUGUGUUUACCUCGAUAAAUACAAGAACAAUUAUUAAGAUAUUUACCGUGUGUUUACCUCGAUAAAGACAAGAACACUUAUUGGGAUAUUCGCCGUGAAACUUGUCAAAAUGUCAAACUCACACACCGAUGCUUGUUGGGACUAGGAAUAAUUUGCAGUAGAGUUGAAUAAUUUCUUUUAUCAUGGACGCCCGAUAAUAGAGAAACCUAUAUUUAAAAAUAAAUCAGAGAACAUUAUUUCAGAAACGCAAGCAACUGUACAAGGAACAACAUACGGCUAAUCACUGAAUCCAAAGGAAUAGCGAACAGGAGCGUUACCAUGGCCGUCAAUGAUCCAGAGACUGUUUUAUUACCCGGAGGAUUGAUAAUACCAUCAACAUGAAAUGUUGGUUAAAUGUUUGAUAUCAUUGAAGUGGUGUUAUUGAAUUAUUUGCUGUGACGUCAUACUUUUGUCCUGACAGGAGAAUCUUCCCGUCUCCCCCUGAGGUAUAACAAGGGAAUCUCGGUAAAAGGCUAGAUAUCGCUUUCCAGGGUAAAUAACAGCCUUAUGCAUUCUAGUAUAUUUACUGAAAAUGACAUGCUCCUCUGAAGAAACCUAUUGCGAUGUUAUUGAACAGCACAUUUACCCUUCACAGACACGGAAGGUUAAUUACGAUUGUGGCGCAGUACAAAAUUACUUAUACAAAGACACCAUCUUAUCGAAUGUUUCACCUAUCAAUUCAUAUAUGGCUGAUUUUUUAAAAUAAUGUUUACCAUCUGUCCUAAUUUAUUCCAAAAUGAUUUGUACACUAACGUACCUUUUAUUGUAUAUCUUUACGUAUAUUUCCUAUGUAAAUGCAAUCUGAUCAUACCUACAAAUAUUUAUCGACCGUUCCCUACCUCACACAUAUAUAUAUAACUUUGGAAUGAAUUUAGUUCGUCCCCUCAAUAGCGCUGAUCUGAGAAAAGUAAUCUGAUAACUUACUAUCGGGUACACCAAUAUAAUGGGGAAUAACUUACUAUCGGGUACACCAAUCUAAUGGGGUAUAACUUACUAUCGGGUACACCAUUCUAAUGGGGUAUAGCUUACUAUUGGGUACACCAAUCUAAUGGGGUAUACCUUACUACUUACUAUCGGGUACACCAAUCUAAUGGGGUAUAACUUACUAUCGGGUACACCAAUGUAAUGGGGUAUAACUUACUAUCGGGUACACCAAUCUAAUGGGGAAUAACUUACUAUCGGGUACACUAAUGUAAUGGGGUAUAACUUACUAUCGGGUACACCAAUGUAAUGGGGUAUAACUUACUAUCGGGUAUACCAAUCUAAUGGGGUAUAACUUACUAUCGGGUACACCAAUGUAAUGGGGUAUAACUUACUAUCGGGUACACCAAUGUAAUGGGGUAUAACUUACUAUCGGGUAUACCAAUCUAAUGGGGUAUAACUUACUAUCGGGUACACCAAUGUAAUGGGGUAUAACUUACUAUCGGGUACACCAAUGUAAUGGGGUAUAACUUACUAUCGGGUACACCAAUGUAAUGGGGUAUAGCUUACUAUCGGGUACACCAAUCUAAUGGGGUAUAGCUUACUAUCGGGUACACCAAUCUACUGGGGUAUACCUUACUACUUACUAUCGGGUACACCAAUCUAAUGGGGUAUAACUUACUAUCGGGUACACCAAUGUAAUGGGGUAUAACUUACUAUCGGGUACACCAUUCUAAUGGGGUAUAACUUACUAUCGGGUACACCAAUGUAAUGGGGUAUAACUUACUAUCGGGUACACCAAUGUAAUGGGGUAUAACUUACUAUCGGGUACACCAUUCUAAUGGGGUGUAAUUGACUAUCGGGUACACCAAUCUAAUGGGGUAUAGCUUACUAUCGGGUACACCAAUGUAAUGGGGUAUAGCUUACUAUCGGGUACACCAAUCUAAUGGGGUAUAGCUUACUAUCGGGUAUACCAAUCUAAUGGGGUAUAACUUAGUACUUACUAUCGUAUACACCAAUCUAAUGGGGUGUAAUUGAAUAUAGGGUACACCAAUGUAAUGGGGUAUAACUUACUAUCGGGUACACCAAUGUAAUGGGGUGUAAUUGACUAUAGGGAAGUUAAGAAAAACGUACUAGUUCAUUAUACUUACGAUUGUGAAAUAGUUCUUUGUAGUUAACAUUUAAGGACUGACAUAAGACUAACAGGUUAACUCGAUAGCUAAUGGGUUAUAUCAUUACACAUCAUAGCUGCUGAGUGUAAGUAAGCGCUCGAUGUAUUCAACUGUUCAAUGCAUUGAGUACAUGUAUGUGUGUUUUUCAAAAUUUACUUGUUUCAUUUUUUCAUUUUUUUAAACAUCAGGUCACGAAGACUCGCUGAGAGGGAAAAGUCAGACAUCAGUUUUAUCUUAUAAUUUAUAAUCUGAAUUCACAUCACAAAGAAAACUUUACUGGUGCAAUUGAAAUAUUUUUGUAGUACUAGGUAUGUGUUCGACACCCGAUAUGUUUACGCCAUGAUAUGUUUAUGGUGUUGUCUCUCUAUUUAGACGACUCUUACAAGUUUUGCGUAUGCAUGCUACGACGUCGAGUCACUGCUCAUCAAGCGUGUGAUAUGUUUGUAUAUACUAUCAACCAUGUCACGUGGUUUGUGCCUGAAACGUUUAAUAUGUAGUUUAAGAAUUCACGUAAUGUUUUAUUCUUUUCUUGUUCACAUGGUUUUGUAUGUGAUAUCACGUGAUGUUAUUUGUAACUACUUAAAAGUGUUCAUAUGAUUUUGUAUGUGAUAUCACGUGAUCUUAUUUGUUACUACUUAAAUGUGUUCAUAUGAUUUUGCAUGUCACGUCAUAUGGUGCUAUCCAUAAAUGUGUUAAAUAAUCAAAUAUUAUUUUGUAUGAAAUAUCACGUGGUGUAAUUCGUGCAUGGCCACCUUUGGCAGUCAAAUGAUUUUGUAUACAAUAUCACGUGGUGUUGAUUUUGGCAUCACGUGAUUUUGUAUAACAAACAAAUACCAUUCCUAAAGCACGUGAAGCCCUGCUGUUUCCCGCGAUGUUUUGACAUAUAUUAAACUAAGCAUCUGGUAUUUUAUUACAGAAUUUUUUUAUCCGUAAUAAACUCAAGAUAUCUCG